UUCAACACCGCCAGAGUUGUUCGCCUUCAAAGCCAUCUGGGCAAGUACCUCCAAGCCGCCGACGACCAACAAUCCACCCGCCUAACCCGCAACGGCGCCACCCCUCACGUCCGAUGGACGGUGGAGCUCAUCGCCGGAAAGCCCCACGUCAUACACCUCAAGAGCUGCUUCGGCAAGUACCUCACUGCCUACGACGCGCCUUUCAUUCUCGGCACCGCCGGGAAGAAGGUCGUCCAGGCGGAUAUUGCCGCCGUCCCCAGUGAAGGCUCCAUCGAGUGGGAGCCGAGGAAAGAUGGGUGUUUCGUGAAGUUGAAAACGAGGGCUGGGAUGUUCCUCCGUGCAAACGGCGGAGCGCCGCCGUGGAGAAACUCUGUCACUCACGAUAUCCCACGCCGGACGGCGACGCAGGAAUGGGUGCUUUGGAGUGUGGAUGCUCUUGAUAUCACGCCGCUUGAUGAGUUGGCGGCUGACUGUAUCUCACCGGCGGCCAGCUUUUCGAGCAAUUCGUCGUUCUCGAGUAAUUCUGAUUACGAUUUAGAAACCCGGUCGCCGUCGAUGUCCAUCUCCGGUACCGGAUCUGGCCACGUCACUGACAGAGAUCUGAGUGCAAUGGAGCUAUUUCGAAGGGCACAAGUGGUUCGUCUAAAAAGCCACCAUGACAAGUACCUUCUAGCAGAGGAAGACGAAGAAUCCGUGUGUCAAGACCGCAAUGGCUCGAUCAAGAACGCCAGAUGGACGGUGGAAUUCAUCGAGCAUUCAACCGGUCUUCGCUUCAAGAGCUGCUUCGGCACGUACCUUACGGCCACCAACAUCCCCUUUCUUUUGGGCAUAACUGGUAAGAAGGUCCUUCAAACCCUGCCCAAAAGGCUUGAUUCCUCCGUCGAGUGGGAGCCCAUUAGAGAGGGCGAUCAGAUCAAGUUCAGAACUCGCUACGGCCAGUUCCUAAGGGCCAAUGGUGGCUUGCCUCCCUGGCGAAACUCCAUUACUCAUGAUAUUCCUCAUUCAACCUCCCAUCAAGAUUGGAUUCUUUGGGACGUUGAUGUUAUGGUGAUUCAAACUUUCAACUCUCUCGAUUCCAUAGCUAGUUCUACUGGAUAUGAACCUAUUCUCCCCCCACCCCCACCACCAUGGAUGACUACAUCCCACCACCAUUCAAAGGUUGAGUCGUCGCCGUCCCGAGAUCAUCAUUCCCAUCACAAGUCAAGUGGGCCACAGGACGAAUCGACACUGAAGGUCGAGGGGAGAGUGAUUCAUUACAAAAUCGCAAACGAGAAAGGAGAAGUGGAAGAAGGAGAAGAGGUGAGGUUAAUAUUCAAAGGAAGUGAAGUGGAAGAGUUGAAGGAGAGAUUAAAAGAGGAGACCGGCCUAGAAGACAUCGUUGUCUGCUCUCGCAACCCUCUCAAUCAAAAACUUUAUCCUCUUCGCCUUCAACUUCCUCCCAACAACAACGACAUGCACGUUGUUGUUGUCCCUUCUUCCGGAGAUGUCGAAGCACCCGAAAGCCCGUAGAGCAGAGAAGUCAAACCACAAGGUUUUCUAGGAAUGUUUUUGCAGCUCCAAAAUUGACAGAAUUUUUCGUGUUAAAGUUGAGAAAGAGGAGCUCAUGCUUGUUAAUUCCCAAUUAAAUUUUUGUCUGAAAUUUUUGUAUCAGUUGUAACAUACAAAAUGCCGCUUUGUUUGUAUC